AUGGACAUGGCAGCUGAGUUACCUUCUGCCAAGCCAGUUCAAUUGGGCGACACUGGCAAAAUCGUUGUACAGCCUCCGCUCUCUCGCUGUGGACAGGGACCAGGACUCCUUCUACUCCGGCCAGCAAUUUAUGCGGGAUAUCAGCAACAAAGCACCAGCCUGGACCCCGAGCCCCUCCAAAAAUGGGCCGAAGAAAGCUUCGCGGUAGCGCAAAUCACACUUGAUACCGGGCUAAGUGGGGACAAGGCAGCUAUACAAAAUCUGAUGCAAGAAGCUCAGGAUGGACUGACGGCUCUACCGGAGUGUACCCAGGGCCAGUUCGGGUUGCUAGUCUUCGGAUCCAAGACCGACUACACAUCUCAGUUCGAGGCCACCUUGCGUGAAGUGCUAGCCAAUCAUGAGAAUCUGAAGUUUGCCGCGCUGCUUUCCUUCGAUUCCUUGGAUAUCAGCAAUAAAUUGCCACAACUUUUACAUGCGUCAGGCCCCGGCAAGCUUUCACAAACUGACUCGCAGAUACAAUAUCAUUAUGCCGACGCCUCAUCUCCAGGGUUCGUGAUCCCGGGCCAUCCCGACUUUCAAUAUGCAACAGCCGGGGUCUCUCAUACCCGCAGCCUGACGUUCCUCAAGAAACAUCUUGGAGGGCCUAAUUUUGAUCUUGAAAAGAUCUGGGAUGAGCACACUUACUUUGAAUUCGGCGACCGGUCUGUUGAGAAGACCAUGGCCACGAUGGUGCAGGAGCCCUAUGUGAACCAUAUCCCCACGCUGACAGGUGGCAUCGGUCGAGCUCGGUUAAGCCAUUUCUACCUCCAUCAUUUUAUCUUUAAUAACCCCGACGACACGGGACUUGAUCUUGUCAGCCGAACCGUUGGUAUAGACCGCGUGGUGGACGAAUUUAUUUUCAGCUUCACUCAUGUGAAACAAGUUGACUGGCUGAUUCCGGGUAUUCCGCCGACUGGCAAGCAUCUGCGCAUUCCAUUCACCUCCGUAGUGAAUAUCCGAGGUGAUCGAUUGUACCACGAGCACAUUGCCUGGGAUCAGGCAACAGUGCUCGUACAGUUAGGCCUGCUUCCUGAAUAUCUUCCUUUCCCUUAUGCACUGGCCGACGGGACUCUUCCUGCACCAGGGAAGCGAUUCGAAUAUCGUGUGCCUGCGGCUGGAGUGGAGACUGCAGAUAAGUUGCAGAAUGGUGAUGAUGUGCCUUCGAACGGGAUGUUCGAAUACAAGAUCCGCGAGGUGGAUGAUCGUUGA